CUCGCUCCACUCCCACUUCCUGAGCCCGGCGCUGGAGCCCUGGAGGCCAGGCCCGGCCGCUCCCGGCCCCCGGGGGCACGUCGGCCCAGCCGCCAGGCUUGGGAAGUCGUGGCCAACGCUGCUCAGGACGUCCGGGCUUCCCACCUUCCUCCUAGGACUCCACCCGGUCUGGUCAGCNGAGCCGAAAGGCCGCCAUGCGCCUGCCCGGGGCCUCCUCUCCCUGCGGCCUGGCCUGGGGGCCACUCCUGCUGGGACUCAGCGGGCUUCUGGUGGCCUCUCAGACCCAGCUGGUGCCCCCAUAUCGCAUAGAAAACCAGACUUGCUGGGACCAGGACAAGGAAUACUACGAGCCCAUGCACGACGUCUGCUGCUCCCGCUGUCCUCCAGGCGAGUUUGUCUUUGCGGUAUGCAGCCGCAGCCAAGACACGGUUUGCAAGACUUGCCCCCAUAAUUCCUACAAUGAACACUGGAACCAUCUCUCCACCUGCCAGCUGUGCCGCCCCUGUGACAUUGUGCUGGGCUUUGAGGAGGUUGCCCCUUGCACCAGCGAUCGGAAAGCCGAGUGCCGCUGUCAGCCGGGGAUGUCCUGUGUGUAUUUGGACAAUGAGUGUGUGCACUGUGAGGAGGAGCGGCCUGUACUCUGCCGGCCUGGCACAGAAGCCGAGGUCACAGAUGAAAUUAUGGAUACUGACGUCAACUGUGUCCCCUGUAAGCUGGGACACUUCCAGAACACUUCCUCCCCUAGAGCCCGCUGUCAACCCCAUACCAGAUGCGAGAUCCAGGGCCUGGUGGAGGCAGCUCCAGGUACCUCCUACUCAGAUACCAUCUGUAAAAAUCCCCCAGAGCCAGGAGCAAUGCUACUGCUGGCCAUCCUGCUGUCGCUGGUCCUCUUUCUGCUCUUCACCACUGUCCUGGCCUGCGCCUGGAUGAGGCACCCUUCUCUCUGCAGAAAGCUGGGUACUCUGCUCAAGCGGCACCCAGAGGUAAAGGAACGCAAGAAGACAUCCAGGAGGGGCGGGGCUGUGAGGUCAGGGAAGGCCGACUUAGCUUCCAUUCAUUCCUCUGAUUGGUUGCCGAGUGUGCCGCGGUCCAGCCCCCGUUCUAGGCACCAGACGUACAGCCUGAGAAAGUGCCUCCCGCCCUGUGGUUUGCACACGAGUGAGCGGAACAAGAAAAGAAUACAGUGCCAAGGCCGGGAAUCUUAGAGCCCUUAGCUAGCAUGUAUCUGGACUCCAUUGCCAGUGCGGGGGGCAGGGAGUGCCCAGG